CACGGGGGGGCCACAGUUACACUGCUAGGGGACUGGGCCUUCCCAUUCACAACUGACGCGUCGAUCCAUUUAUCACUGAAAUUCUAAUCUAUCGCCUCCGUUUUUUCCUUUCCAUUUCGAAUCAACUUAUCUACACCCUGCAAGUACUUCUUCUUACACGUUUUAUUGUAUGUACAAUUUUGUACCUUACUGUACCUACCCCUAUCCCACUUCUACGUGCGUGGUGUAACAACUUCGUAUUCACAUCCAGCUUUACCUAUUCCAUUUAUCUCACUUGUUCAUUUUUAUUUUAUUUUAUAUUUUUCCCUUUCGCAUUCUUUCGUUCCCGCUCCCUACGUCCCUACGUAUUCCCGUUGAGAAAAACGUGGCUCAAGUAUGCGAAUCUAAUCCAGUCGCAUUUGAGUGUUCGGUGAUGACUUAAUAACCACCCUUCCUUUGUUUCUUGUGACAAUACCUACCCUACAUCGACGAAGAGAGUUUUUCCCUUUGGAAGUCCCCGCCCCCCUUCCGGCCGGCGAAACAUUCCAGUCCUCGAGAAUAUUCCCUGUCCUCCUCUACCAGUUCAUUUCGACGGCGAAUACUCCCUCAGCCCUACAUCUCGCAUCAUGGCCGCCGGCAGCGCGCGCAUCGUGAGAUACAUUCUCUUCGCCUUCUUUUUUCUCGCAGUCCUUUACUUCGUAUCCCAUUCCUCAUAUGAAGGAGUACAGCUGAAACCCUCGUCAUUCGGAGCUAGCUCAGGCUCCUCAUCGACGAGGCCCGAUAAGUCAUCCGACGAUGUUGGCGGAGCGUCCAGUUGGGGAAACAAGCCGGAUGGUUCGACCAACAACGCACCAGGGUCUACAAAGAGUUCACCAUCGAAGCCCGGCGCAGGAUCCCCGAAGCAAUAUGAAGACCUUGCCGAAGCUCCAAUGGCAUUGUCACCGUCGGAUCAAGGAUGGAAUGAUCUUCUAGGAACUGCCCCCGGCCCUCGUAUGAACGCCACCUUCGUCUCUCUUGCCCGCAAUAGUGACGUGUGGGAAAUUGCUCGUUCUAUCCGUCAAGUCGAAGAUCGCUUCAACCGCCGCUAUAAUUACGAUUGGGUUUUCCUCAAUGACAAGCCAUUUGAUGCAACUUUCAAGAAAGUUACGAGCUCCCUCGUGUCUGGCAAGACUUACUAUGGCGAGAUUCCUCACGAGCAUUGGUCUUUCCCCGACCACAUUGACCAGGAUAAGGCGCGGAAAGUUCGUGAAGAUAUGGCGCAGCGCAAGAUUAUCUACGGCGAUUCCGUUAGUUACCGACACAUGUGUCGCUUCGAAUCCGGUUUCUUCUUCCGCCAACCGCUCAUGAUGAACUACGAAUGGUACUGGCGAGUCGAGCCCAGCGUCGAACUUUUCUGCGACGUUCAUUACGAUCCUUUCCGUUUCAUGGCCGAGAACAAGAAAAAGUAUAGCUUCGUGCUUAGUCUGUACGAAUACGAGGAGACUAUCCCUACUCUCUGGGACAGUGUAAAGAAGUUUAUGAAGAAUCACCCCGAACAUAUCGCCGAGGGUAAUUCUAUGGCUUUCCUCAGUGACGAUGGUGGCGAGAAAUACAAUAAAUGCCACUUCUGGUCUAACUUCGAAGUUGGCAACUUAGACUGGCUGCGAUCCAAGGCCUAUACCGACUUCUUCGAGUCGCUUGACCAGGAUGGUGGGUUCUUUUAUGAGCGAUGGGGUGAUGCACCGGUACAUUCUAUCGCUGCCGGCCUAUUGUUAAAGAAGGAAGAAAUUCACUUCUUCAAUGAUAUUGCCUAUUACCACGUCCCCUUUACUCACUGUCCAACCGGUGAGAAAACGCGGUUAGAUCUCCGCUGUCACUGCAAUCCGAAGGAAAACUUUGACUGGAAAGGGUACUCUUGCACAGCAAGAUACUUCGAAGUCAAUGGGCUUGAUAAGCCUCAGGGUUAUGAGGACCAACAGGAAUAGAGAAAAGGAAACCAGGAUGAAAAAAAAAAUUUCACAGAUGAUUGUAAAUAGAUAUUAUCCAUCUUUAAUGACGGUCUAUUGCAACAUCGCCAGUGCGGUUCAAUGGGGGUAUUGACCGAGGCAACAGGAUGGCGUCCACGGAUGAAUUAACGUACCGAUAUACG